CCGCCUCGGGGUAGCAUGGCCGUGAGCGCGGCGGCCGCCCCCGCCGCCGAGCCGCUGCCCCGCAGCAUCUUCAAGAAGUUCCUGGUGAUGCUCUGCUCCCUGCUCAUGUCCCUCUACGUCUUUUACUGUCUGGCCGAUCGCUGCCAGACCUUACCCGGACCCAUCAUCGCCGCCGGCGCCGCCUCGGAGGAGGAGGAGGGCGGCGGCGGGGGGUACCUGGGGGGUUCGGCCGAACUGGCUCCCUGGCAGGCGGCGGCGGCGCGGAGGAAGCGGCUCCUGCAGCGGCUCAAGCAGCGGCGGCGGCGGCAGGAGGCGGCGCCGGGCUCGGAGGUGCCGGCCGGGGAAGGAGGGAGCCGUGCCGGAGGUUCGGGAGGAGGAGGCGGCGGGGGCAGCGCGGCGGGCACGGCCGGUACCCUGACACUGCUGCUGGGAGAGGGCAGCAAGCGGCUGCCGCAGGCCAUCAUCAUCGGAGUGAAGAAGGGCGGCACGCGGGCGCUGCUGGAGUUCCUGCGGGUGCACCCCGACGUGCGCGCUGUCGGCGCCGAGCCCCAUUUCUUCGACCGCAACUACGAGCGGGGCCUCGCCUGGUACAGGGACCUCAUGCCUAGGACCCUGGAGGGGCAGAUCACCAUGGAGAAGACCCCCAGCUACUUUGUCACCAAGGAGGCCCCAGCCCGCAUCUCCUCCAUGGCCAAGGGCACGAAGCUGAUCGUGGUGGUGCGGGACCCCGUGACCAGAGCCAUCUCGGACUACACACAGACGCUCUCCAAGAAGCCUGACAUCCCCACCUUUGAGAGCCUGACCUUCAAAAACAGGACUACGGGCCUGAUCGACACCUCGUGGAGCGCCAUCCAGAUCGGCAUCUACGCCAAGCACCUGGAGAACUGGCUGCUCUACUUCCCCAUCGGGCAGAUCCUCUUUGUCAGCGGGGAGAGGCUGAUCAGCGACCCCGCGGGGGAGCUGGGCAGGGUCCAGGACUUUCUGGGCCUCAAGAGGAUCAUCACCGACAAACACUUCUACUUCAACAAAACCAAGGGCUUCCCCUGCCUGAAGAAGGCGGAGGGCAGCAGCAAACCCCACUGCCUGGGGAAAACGAAAGGCAGGACCCACCCCGACAUUGACCAGGAGGUGGUGCAGAGGCUGCGGGACUUCUACCGGCCCUUCAACAUGAAGUUCUACCAGAUGACAGGGCAGGACUUUGGCUGGGACUAAGGCUGACAAAAAUAAUUUAAGAAAAGGAAAAUAUAAUAUAAUAUAUAUUUUUUUUACGUAUCAGUAGGGGGUGGGGGGGAAAUACAGAAAAAAAAAAAUCCAAAAAAAAUAGCUGUGCUGAAACACGAUUCAUUCUUAAUUUUCUAUUUUUUUUUUCCCUUUUGACCCUACUUGGUUGUCUUUCUUCUCUCAGAGAUGUGUCACCAAAAGAGGCUGUGAACUGCAGCCUGGUGCCACAGACAUCCCCCCUACAGCUUGGGUGCUUCUUCCAGCAGGCCCAAGGUUUUGCAUUGGGGUCCACAAAAAAUAACACUGGGGUGCAAAGCUGCAGGAUGUCUUCAGGUCACCUUCAGAAGCAAUAGGUGCAAGGGGGAGCUCAUGGCCUGGGAAGUCAGCCAGACUGGGGUUUGGAAAUGCCAUUUUAGACCCUUUUUUGUCCCCUUUUUACAAUGAAACAAAGGAGGUGCAACAUCUAAUUUGGUUCUCAAAGCUGUACUCUAGGAGAUAUUUUUUAUUCUAUCUUUGAGAAUUUUUCACUUAUCCAUUCUUGGUUUGACUUUUGCCUCUUCACUAAACCAAGCUCUUUUCAUUGACCAAACUUAAUUUUCACCUUACAGAAGCCAAAAACAACAAUCCUUUGGUUUGUUUUUGACCCUCAAAAAAAAAAAAAAAAAAAAAAAGAAAACAAAUCAUCCUUUUGACUUUAGGAUGGAAAUGGACAAGCAGUCAGAAGUUCCCAUUCAAGGGAACUCCCUGCUCCCAGGAGCAUGCACCCCCUCUUGCUGGGCAUUUCUCCCAUUGAGGCCUAUCUGAAGGGGUCUGGGUGAUGGGCAGGGAAAGGUUCACAAUGCAUGAGGACCUGUUGGGUGAUGCUCAUUAAACAUGUGGAAGGAGGUGGGACACCCGCCAUCCCACUGCUCACACACACAGGAACCAAGUUUACAGCGUCUGGCGGAUGAUAUUUAAGCCAUAAUGAAGAAUGUUUUUAAGUGGAGAAAGGGGGAAAAUGAAGAAAAAUUGCAUCUAGGGUGAGGAGAAGCUGGUGAAUGGUGGAAGGUUUCUUAUCCUUUCCUAAAGAAGAACGGAGGGGGAAGUGGGAAUGAGAGCAUUGGCUGUGCAGGCCUUUGAAACUGUCAGGCAAAACGAAUCUCCUGUUUGCAGUAACCCGAAGCUUUAAAUUCUUUGCUUUGAUCAUUAUCACCUUUUUUGGACAGUAGAAAUGGCUCAGAGACAGAAAUCUAUUAGUGCAGCAGGAUCCUGCAUUACCUUGGGCUCCUUUAUCUGCUGGUUCUUUAUCUCCAGCGUUUUCUAGGCGAUAGGAGCACCUAAUUAUGGCAUGGUGCUGUGUACCAACAUGAUGCUCCCUUUUCUAAGCCCAAUUUUAAGAAUGUUGUGAUGGGGGCCAAUAAACUUCACUGGGCAUUAUGGGCAUUACCCAGAAAACCUGGCUGGGAAGGAGCAUUGAGCCUCUGCUCACUGCAUGUCUGCUUGUCUUCAUGUCCCAUCCCAGGAGGCAUUCAAGGUCAGGUUGGAUGGGCCCUGGGCAGCCUGAUCUAGUGGCUGGCAACCAGCCUGCAGCAGGGGGUUGGAACAAGAUGAUCCCCUAUAGUCUAAGCCAGUCUAUGUUUCUAUGUUGGCCAUGAUCCUAAUGAAAUCAGAGCAGAGUUUGCAAUGAGUCCAAAGAAUUUCACAGGGAAAAGAUGCAAAGCAUGUACCAGAAAUUGCCAUUCAAUGGCAGUCAUUUCCAGCUUGGCUGUCCUGCUUGCUGUGUCAGGAGAACAGCUCAGGACCUGGACAACUUCAAGGCACCAAGUCCCACUGCAGGUCCCGGCUGCCUGUAGCCCCCAUCCCUGCAUCCUUUAGGACACAAACCCACCUGGUUCUGCAUGCAAGGCCAAGUUCCCAAUGCAAUUAAGACCAUUUCAUUUGCACUAUGGGCUCCCAGGACCUUCUCCCUCCACUGUACCAUCAAAGCCAACCUCAGGUCCCCAUGCCCUGGCUGGCAGGGCUAUGGCAUGGGGAUGGUGGUAGCAGCUGUGUCCUGGCCCCAUGGCUCAAUACCACCCUAUGUGGCCACACUACUGGUUUUCCCCUUCCCACUAUCCCUCCCCCAGGCACCAAGGAGGUUUUCCAAGCUGCAAAGAAGAGUUAUGCAGGUAGCUCCUUUGAGACUUAAGGGUGGGCUAGGCUGUACAUGCUUUUGACAAGUAUAAAUAUCACUUGAGCAUGAUUUUUUAAAAAAAUCAAUAUCAUUAUAUUGCUACUGUCUCUCAUAUGGUCACAUUUAGACUAGUAUAAAGGUGCUUUAUAGUGCUACAGAUUGUUCAUCCCAUACUGAACCAGCUCUAGCGAUAUGAAGCACCUUCCUACAAACAAGUUCCUACAACUGCCAGCAAAUCACUGCCGUUAAAUCCACACAGCUCCAGUGCAUCCCCAAGCCCAAUUCUCAUACGUGCCUUCAGAACACUCCCAGCAUCCCAAAUUCAACUCCCAUCAACGUUCAGAUGCUCUACUCCCAUUACUUUCUGAGGGUCUGACUCCCUCGAUGCACUCCUAGUAAAACUAUUUAGGGAUCAGGGGCUGUAAUUGAUUUUUUUUUAAAUCUGGGCCAUAAGUAGUUUUGAAAAUCCCUCCACAUAUCAACAAUGGCUUUUAAAAAGAGGUCGUGCAAUCAGGUCGCUUUGAACUCUAAUGGCGUUUAAGCCUCUGAACUCUUUAGGCUUAUUUUAAAAUCCAGCCAUGAAGUUUAUUUUAACCUAAGAAGAAUUGGAAGUGAAGUGUUGGAACCUGCAGCCCUCCUGAGCCCACGGUACUGGGCAUCUGUGUUAGGAGGAGUAUGCAAAAGCGGCUAUAAGUAAAAAUGAAAGUGACCCUAUAGAGUACGAUGAGGAAGAAAUCAAUAGAUUAGGAAGAAACCAAUACAUUAACAAUGAGAAACUAAUCUGGGAGCAUUAAGAUCUUUCUGAUCUCAAUAAUCCAAUGAGCCCUUAGGCACUGGUAAAGCUUGGGCUCGUAUGCCACGCAUUGUUUGCAGUCUCAGACCAUCUGUUUGAAAAGAAAACUAUACAAAGCACCCUGAAAAUUUCAGACCAGUUGGGAUUUCCUUUGUGAGCCCAAUUUGGCACUGUGAGACCCGGCCUCUGCUGCUGGGACCUGGGGGAGGGUGAGGAGGGGCUGCAGCUGUGCUGCAGUGAGCAGCACUGACUGCAUGCAGUGAACGUCCUUGGCUCCUACAAAACUCUGCCAGCCAAGAAUGCACCCACUUAGAAGGAAUACAAAGGCCAACACGCUAUGAAGAUCAGUGAAGGCAACUCCUGUAUGUGGAAUUCAGAGUGGGCUUUGGGCUGCAGCACCACAGAGUCCAAUUUCUGGAGCAUUUGGUGAUGCCCAGCCUGCACUAAGUCAUUUUGACUAACCCUGAUGCAUAGCCUCCUUGUUCUCUUGCACACACACUAGCAUAUGCAAUGUUACAUCUCCACAUUUGGGGGGAAAAUGCCCGUUUUCUUAACCAUUAAAAAGAUUCUUGUUCGUAUAUAAUGGUUUCUGGAUUUUCUCUCCUUCCUCCCCUCUGCUCUGUGAUGCUGUCAUCUCUCUCCCUUCGGUGCUAUUCCAGUAUGGAGCAGACUGAUUUUAAUUUAAUUUAAGAAUGAAAAAGCACACAUUUAAUAAAGUUUACGGGUACUGA